CCGGAAUUCUAUCUGUCGGCCCACAAAAUAACGGAUAGGAUGGCGACCACCUGCGACAAAUUUCCCCUUUUAUGCUGGGAAGUGGAACGCUUAGUGACUGCUCCAUAUGCGCCUUCACUCCAGGAUCUAUAUGACCUGGCCCAAGAAGUCUCUUCGGACGGAAUAUGUUCUUGGGCUGUUUAUAAGCGCUGUCAGGUCGGGGCAUUAGUCGAUGUUCUUGUUGAUGGCCUAUCACGUUCACACUGGGCUCUGCGCCUCAUCACAAGCUUCGCACGAGCAUCAUGUUUUCGUGAUAGUCUACUUGAGCGAUACCCCUACCUUCUGGAUCAAUUUCUUCAGCGUUCAAUCGAGGGCGGCGAACCUGAGUAUUCCUCAGUAUGCAUCUCGCUGCUAUCUACGCCCCUGCCAUCUGGUUUCAUUCCACCGGCAAGAAUUGCACCCUUCAUUAUGAACUUGAUUGACCGCAUGAGGGACAACCCAUGCGUGGAAACAGUGAGGUCACUGUACUUGAUAUCAAGCUUUCUUCAGGCAUCUCCAAGAAUCAUCCUCGAAAUUUCGGAAGAGAUAAUGUCGUGCUUCCAGACUGAACUCACAAAAACUCUUCGCAAUCUGGAGGACCACAUGGGAAACUUACUAUGCCUUGCGACUUUUGCGAAACUUGCAUCUGCUCCAAUUCCUAACAUUACAAGUGAAAACGAGACAGAGGCUUCAAAUUGGUGGCAAAAUAUCAAACAUUUUUUCGGUAUGAAGCGUGGUUUGAAGACCCUCGAUCUCGUUUUUCUACGCGUAAUUCUUGCUUGUUCUUCCAACCGUGGUAAUCUCACUGCUGGUGACUCGGUGGAAAGCAUUCGUUUGGCGAUUGAAAUUUGCAAUGUUGUCAACCAGGAACAAAGGAAUUCUUGGAUUGCGGGCAAUUCCCUUAAAAUCGCGAAACUCUGUGAAAAGAUUACACGAGAGGGAGUAGAUCCUAGUGUUCGAAUGCUUGGUAUAACUUUUCUGGUUUCUCUUAUUCCUCCCUCAUCAUUGCCACCAGAUCUAGUGAGACUUGGCCUGGAUUGGUUGCUUUCGGAAGAUAGCAGAGUUGUGCUGGAAACACUCCCUCGAGACCCUGCAACCCGCUUGGUAGAAGCUAAUAUUAUUUGCUCCGGACAAUACGCGGUGAAAAAAGUGCUUAACUAUAUAUUUACUACGUUGUCAACGAAGCCGUCCGUCAAUAUAGCCAAUCUUCAAAUGGCAAGACUAUUACUGCUUGGAUUGCGCAGUUUUGACUCGCACCAAUUUCCCUCGGGAAUUACAGAUAUAGUAUCCAAUCAAUAUAGGGAUACUAUUAACAGGCUCGCCGACACUUUUCCGAGAAGACCCUCCCUGUUGAAAUGUGACGGUUCCAACAAUUGCUAUGCGUCGAUUUCGAGACUAGAAAACGAACUACUAUUUGAUCUACUUACUUUCUGCCUCCAGGCAUCAAUGGCUUCAAACAUAGAAUGCUCGCAGUCAACCGAGGUUAUGGUACUGAUGAACUUCAUGACGAAGACCAAACAACUGCUGCCUGAAUUUAAAUGCAUAUUUUCAGAGAGCAGGCCUCUCGAUUUCAGGGCUUCAUUCUCAUCACUCAAAAUUCGUGAAACAGCCCAAUUUGCGAGAAGCGAUUGGAGAACCGGAAUAAGGGAGACGAUGAUUGCUAGCACACGAAUCCUUAAUGAUGAUAUUGUGCAAAAGGUGGAAGAUAUUUGCUAUGAGCUCGAGCAGCGUUGCGGCAACAUUGAAGAGCCUCUCAGGGUCGCUGCAGAAGAGCGCAACAAAUACUUUUUGGAGACAGAGCAACUCAAGCAAAACAAUAAUGACUUGAAAACCCGGUUAAACGAAGAAUCUAAUACGGUUGCCGAACUUCGAGAAGAGUUUUCUCGCCUAGAAAGUCACGCAGAUGCUGCCACUGAGCGUGCUGAGGAGUUGCUGAGUAGCUUAACUCAGACACGACAAGAACUCGAAGAUUUAAAGCGCAGUUCUCGAGAGAUCAUAGUUAAUGAGCGUGAAUUGGCUCGAACCAAAGAGUUAGACUUGAUCGCUUCCAUUACCCAAAAAGAUGAUCAGUUAGAGGGGCUUCAAGAAGAUAUUAAGCGUGAGAAAGAGGAAAAUGAGCGAGCAAUCGCGAUUAUAGCAUCUAUUUCAGAUGGAAGAGAUACUUCCCUGGAGACCAUCGCUUCUCUAAAUUGCCAGGUCUCAACCCUUCGAACAGAGCUGGAGAAUUCCGAAACGCUUCUAUCGGAAAAGCGCGAGCAGCUCGAACGACUCUUUGCUGAAAAAAACACCGCGGCCGAAUUGGCGGAAAAUCUGCGAAUGAAGCUCGAUGGAAAGGAGUCUGAAUUUGAGAACCUCAGGGCUGCAUUGCGGGAUACUACGGAGAGUUUUAAGGAGGAGCUAGAGACACUCAGACAACAGUCAGACCUGCGACAUUCAAAUAUGGCUCAAGAGUGUAACAAACACAAGGAAAAUAUCCUGUCCCUACAACACGAGAUGCAUGAAGCGACAUUAAAUUCCACCAGAGAGCUACAAACAAAAGAAAAGAGAAUACAACAUUUGGACAAGAAGGUGCAGCACUUACGAGAAGAACGAGCGGCCAAGGCACGAGAAUUUUCGGAAGCCCAGCAGCAUAUCGGUCGACUUAUGAGUGUAAUGGGCUUUAAACAGACUGCUUAUGAUUCUAGAACUACGGGAACACCACGCCCCCGUUCAUCAUUCGACUUAUCGCAAGUGGCUGCAAUGCAAACGCAAACAAAUUCAGGGGAAGACAUCCCCCAAGGCAAAGAUGAAGAAGCUCUUGCCUCGCCUCUUGAUUCCAACAUGUCUCAGACUAGCGCCCGUAGCCCUAAAAGAUCUCGGAAUAGCGCAUUCCCCCUUGUUGAUCCAUCACCUCCUCAUUCUUCUUCCCAUGGGACCAGCAAAAAGCCCAGGGAUUUAGCUGGUCUGAGCAACUCCAAGACUCCAAGGGAACGACGACCACUUAAAGAGGUCGACUAUAACAGCCAGCCAAGCUCACAGGGCAGCGACAGCUCGGUAUUGUCCCAGAGUAGGACGGUCCAAGAUAAUCAAUUCAACAAGCAGACAGAUCGGCAUCAACUUGAGGACAUAGAUCUGGAUUUAGACCUAGAGUUCUCGAAAGAUUUUGUCUUCACGAGCACCGCAUUAUCGGAGUUUAACAAACCUUCUCAUUCCUGACAUAUCGACACCACCCCGUGGCCAUAGAGGCAAUUAAAACCAUCUUAUAUUAUCUUUGCCAGCCUUUUUCAUGUUGAUGGUUUUUG